CGCCGCCUGUGUAUGGAAUUUCAGUUUAAGUCGGACUCCCUGCCAGUCUGGUUGUACUUUUGCCUUUCCUCCUAGAAAAAAUCGUGUUUCAUUAAGGAACCUUAAUUUGUUCCUGUGCAGUAUAAAGUUUCUUACUUCCAGAGAGAAGAUUGCAAUAACAGCAUUCGGUUAUCAUCUACCUAGAUUGAAUUGAAGAUGCCAUUGUAUCAGAGACGUCUCAGAGCCAGCCUACUAAUGGCGGGGCUCCUGAUGUUAGCUAUAUCCUUGGAUGCUGUUCAUGCCAAGUGGGGGUUAAACAUUUUCAAGGGCGGAAAGAUAGCCUCGUCGGUCCCUGCUUUGCCCAUUGGAUGGAAUGUCCCUAUGAAGCCUAAAGUUCCUUUGGGAACUGGAGCCAUACAAAGCCUUCCUGGGAAAGGGGGUAGUUUCAGUGUAAGAAAUUUCGACUCGACGGGAAUCGGAUCCCAUUCGCUGCCUUCAGACGCCGCCUGGCUUUCUGCUUGGAAAAUCAGCAGAAAGCCCCUAGCAACUCCACCGACGACUUUCCAUUUUUACGAGCAUUCGCUGACCCAUAAUUCGGAUUUCAAGCCAGUAGACACACCAAAGCAGAGCAAUAAGAACCAGCACACGAAUUCCCACACUAAAGAAGGCGACACUUCCAGUUCAAAUGAUUUCGAUAUCGAUGAACUUAUUUCCCUCAUUGACUCCGUGGACCUAGAUGACUCCACAGGCAUGAACGAAACUCUGCCUGCCAAAACCGUUCCCAAUUCGAGUACGACGCAAAGAUCUGGCAUGCCAGUGGGUGAGUCUAAAAAGGAAACAAAAGUCACUGGUCUCUUUGAUGGUGCAUUGGAUGGUGGUAUCCUGGGUCCCGAACUUAAGGUUGGAGAAGACAAGAACAUCAGAACUCUCACCGCCACGGAUUUGAAAUUGGACGAAUCCAUGAUAGCUACCGAAGGGACCCAAAAAACGGAUCCUUUUCGAAUGCCAGUUGCAAGUUCAGCCUCUGCUCGUACAACUGUUCACCUAACUGGCUUAAAUGAGCUCUCCAAAUUGGUACAGUUUGCUUAUUAUGCCUGGUUUGGUCCAGAUAACCGCAAUCCAGCAGAGCAUAUCUUUAGAAAUUUAAGCCUCAUCUCCAUGGGCGUUACCCUACUUGUGUUCUUCUGUCUAAACUGAAAGGAGACCUUCUUACCACUGGUGGUUUAAAAAGGUCAGGUGUAAAUUAAAAAAGCAACUAAGAACAACACUUUUUUUCUUUAAACAAGUUUUUGGCUACAUCGUAAAAAUGUUCAACCAACCAUUUAUUUUGCGAUCGAAAUAAUUCCCUAAAUUAUUGAAUUCCUGAAUUGUGGUCAGCUGUUUAUCAGCUGUUCCACACGAACUCAAUUUUCAAGCCUUUUAGGAGGCUAACAACCUUUGGGUGGUCUUCUUAUUCAUGCAAAGGCUAUGGCAACCCUUUAGCCUUUUUAUCCCCAGCAAUCAUUAUUCGCUCUAAAAUCAAACAAAAAAGUAUAUUUUAGUUUCUUUUUUUUACCAUGGUAACACUAUAAUAUUGCACCAUUAUGGGACAAAACAUUCUGUUAAACUUAAACUAAUCAGCAAUUCAACAGAUUAGUUACUAGGCAUUUGCAAGCAAACCUUUAUAUAUUAAGGGAAUAAAUAAGUAAACUUGAAAUCAUUUAAUAUAUAU